CGCCCCGCCCCACCCCCGUCAAAAUAAUAAAAAAACAGUGGACACCGCGCGCGGCCCCGCCCAGCCAGCCAGCUAGCUACCUACAGUAACGCAGCACCGCUCCCGACCUCUACCUAGUCGAGCACGCUUCCGGUAGCAGCACUCACGCGAUUGCGUUAUCGCGCGCCCUUAUUGCGACCCCCAAUCACGCGCUGCAGCGCCGCACAAGCGCGUACCGCAACCCGACGCAGCAGACGGGCUGGGCCUGCGCUGGCGCACAAAAAGUCGCGCCCAGCAUGUCGGCGGCUGGAGGCGCGUACAUGCCCCUUCGACGAGGCAACGACGAGGACGCCGACGCAGACAUCGACAUGGACCUGGACGCGGACGCGGGCAAAGUUGUUGGUGUUGCUGCUAGGGACGCGGGGAGUGCGAGGAGCGAGGCGACGGAUGGCGAGUGGCGCCCGCUGCACCGGCGGCUGAAGUCCAGGCAUCUGCAGAUGAUUGCGAUUGGAGGCAUUAUCGGCCCUGGCCUUCUUGUCGGGUCCGGCAAUGCGCUGCAUCUUGCUGGCCCGGCGGGCGUGUUGAUCAGUUUUUCGCUGGUGGGGAUUAUUGUGUUUUUUGUCAUGCAGUCUUUGGGCGAGCUGGCGACCGUCAUUCCCGUCUCGGGCUCGUUUGUCGAUUAUGCAGCAAGGUUCGUGGAUGAGAGUCUGGCGUUUGGUCUGGGCUGGGCGUAUUGGUACCUUUGGGUCACGGUCCUGGCCAAUGAGUACAACUCAAUCUCCUUGGUCAUCAUGUACUGGACGGACUCGGUCCCGCAAUGGGCCUGGAUCCUGAUCUUCUGGGUCGUCUUCGUCUCGCUGAGCAUGCUGGGCGUGCUGGCUUAUGGCGAGGUCGAGUUCUGGCUGUCUUUGAUCAAGGUCGUUGCCCUCUCGGUGUUCUUUAUCCUUGCUAUUGCCAUUACGUCUGGUGGUCUUGGUCCGCAGAAGAUUGGGUUCAAGUAUUGGCGUGAUCCGGGGGCUUUUGCGGAUUCUAUCAAUGGUGUUGCGAGAACGUUUGUUGUUGCCGGUACUCUGUUUGCGGGCACCGAGAUGGUAGGGAUAACAGCCGGAGAAUCCUCGAAUCCCCGCCGCGCCGUCCCCCGCGCAAUCAACCAAGUCUUCUGGCGCAUCCUCAUUUUCUACAUCGGCAUGAUGUUCUUCAUCGGCAUCCUGAUCCCCUCCACCGACACGCGCCUGCUAGGCAAGGGAUCCAAGACGGCCGCCUCGCCGCUGACCAUCGCCCUCGCUGACGCGCACAUCGCCCCCGCCGCCCACCUCAUCAACGCGCUCAUCGUCAUCUCCGUCAUCUCGGCCGGGAAUUCGUCGCUCUACGUCGCGUCUCGCACCAUCACGCACAUGGCGCGCAAGGGCAUGGCGCCCCGCUUCUUGGGCCGUGCCGACAACCGUGGCGUCCCGUGGGCGGCGCUCUUGUUCACGAAUCUGGCCGCCUGUAUCGCGUUUCUCUCGCAGUCGAAUAGCGCGGGGACGCUCUACUCGGCCCUGAUCACCCUGUCUGGCGUCGCGACUUUUAUCGUGUGGGCCGUUAUUGAGAUCGUGCAUAUUCGGUUCCGGAAGGCGUUGAAGGUGCAAGGCCAGAGUGCUGAUGAUUUGCCGUUUAAGGCACUGUGGUAUCCGUGGGGGACGUAUGUGUGUCUUGCUGCCAAUGUCUUUCUCAUCUUCUUCCAGGGGUACACGGCGUUCCUGAACCCCUUCAGUGCAUCCGACUUUGUGAUUAACUACAUUUUGAUCCCUGUCUUUCUUAUCUUUGUUAUCGUGUACAAAUUCAGAAACAAAACAAAGUUCGUCCGGCUGGCGGAGAUGGACAUCUGGAGCGGACGCCGGGAGGACCUUGACGACGCAGAGGAAGAAGGGAAGGAGCGCUCAGUCUGGCAGCGAGUGAAGAACGUAGUGGUCGGUUGAGCGGACGGAUAGAAAUAGACGGUUCUAGAGCCCUAUUA